UGAGUGCUUCAGAGGGCUUCUGCCCGAAACGAUUCCCACGUUGUGUCCGGAGGUUUGAUAUAAGAAGGUGCACGAUAUGUUAUUCCUUGCGCUCAAAAUCCAUUUUCUGCCUCUCGAAUGAAUGGACAAGAUGGUGUAUUCGGCUGACGAUAUUGCAGCAGCGAGGAGCUUGCAGACACACACGAUGCGUCUCUUUCUUGUCAGUUCGACAGCCAUUAGUAAUAGUGUACCAUCCAUGCGCUGCCAGUAUCUAUACACUUCGAUGGCAACAUUCUGGACCUACGAUUACGUUUGUUCGCUUCAUCAGGAGUGGAUGUUCCUGCUUCUGUCACGCUGGUCCAGAGUAAAAGGCUUUUAUGUUGCUGCACGAUACGUGCCUUUUCUCCUCUUCACCGCGAAUCUAUAUCUGAACUUCAUCCCGAACAAGAGCACAGAUGAAUGCCAGACAUUGAACACUGCUUGUGCAUGUUUCAGCAUGAUAUCAGCCGUUAGCUCUGAAUGUAUCUCUUCUUCCUCCGCGACAUAUCUGCGUUUCUGAUCCCAUUCAUUCAAUCUUUUUCGUCCUCAGAACAUGUGCACUAUGAAGCAACAAUAAAUUCGUAGUAGUACCCACGCUAACAGCC